AUGGCGAAAAAGGCCGUCAUAGCCGGCGUCUCCGCCAUUCUGCUCGUCACCGCCGUGAUCGGCGUCAUCGCCAUCACCAACCGCUUACGAAACUCCAAUUCCCACUCUAACUCCGGCCAACUCACCGCCAGCUCCAAGUCCAUCACCGCAUUGUGCGCCCCCGCCGUCUACAAAGACAUAUGCGAGCGUACCCUCCGCUCCGGCUCGAUCAACGAGACCUCCACCGCCGGUGACAUCAUCCGCGCCGCCGUCCAUGUCAUCGCAGCCGAGGUCCAAUCCGCCAACCAGCAGGCCCACGACCUCCACAGCCAAGCCAAAACCUCCAUCGACAACGACGGCUUCGAGUUCUGCAAACAACUACUCGGCGACGCCGGCGACCAGCUAUCCGCUGUGAUCGCCGAAGCCGACAAUGUACACAGGCUCGAUGACUUCCAGGCUUGGCUCAGCAUGGUUAUUUCUUACCGUACCAACUGCCUCGCGAGCAUUGAGGCGCAGGACCUCAACGAGCAGAUGACCGCAGCUCUCCGCAACACCACAGAGCUAACCGACAACGCUAUCGCCAUCGUGAGCGCAGUCGGGGAACUCGCGCAGCAGCUUAAUCUUACCAUCAAUGGGACCAGUGGCGUUACUGUGAGCGGUCGGCGAUUGCUCUCGAAUGACCGGUACCCUUCAUGGAUGGCUGCCGGUGACAGGAAGAUACUGUCGUCGCGGGUGAUUAGACCGAGGUUGAGGCCUAAUGUAGUGGUGGCGAAGGACGGCAGCGGGCAGUUUAAAAGCAUUAAUGCGGCGCUUAAUGCGAUGCCUAAGACUUAUAGAGGGCGCUACGUGAUCUACGUGAAGGCUGGAAUUUACGUUGAGAAGGUUACCGUCGAGAAGAACAAGCCCAAUCUUCUUAUAUACGGAGAUGGACCACGGAAAACAAUUGUUACUGGACGGCUCAACUACGCCGAGGGAGUUGGAACUUUCAAGACUGCUACAUUCUCUGUGCAAGCACCCGGAUUCAUUGCCCGGUCGAUGGGAUUCACGAACACAGCCGGACCAAAGGGUCACCAAGCUGUAGCUCUCCGGCUAAACGCCGACGCCGCAGUGAUCUACAACUGCAGAAUCGAUGGUUUCCAAGAUUCCUUCUACUCCCAGUCCGGCCGCCACUUCGUCCGCAACUCUGUCAUCUCCGGCACCAUCGACUUCAUCUUUGGUGACUCCCAAGUAGUCAUUCAAAACUGCCUCAUCAUCCUUCGCCACCCCAUGGACUACCAAAAGAAUACCGUCACUGCACACGGUAAGGACACCCAGCACGAGCGCACCGGCAUCGUUAUCCAAAACUGCCGCAUUGUGCCGGAUCUCCGCCUCUACCCCGACCGCUUCAAGAUCAGCAGCUACUUAGGCCGUCCAUGGAAGCAAUUUUCGACGACUGUAGUGAUGGAGUCUACAAUCGGCGAUCUAAUUCGUCCUGAAGGGUGGUUGGAGUGGAACGGGAACUUCGCUCUCGAUACUCUGUAUUAUGCUGAGUACAAUAACCGCGGCCCGGGCUCGCCGACGUAUAGAAGGGUGAGGUGGAGGGGCUACCAUGUUAUCAACAGGAGGGAGGCCUUCAGAUGGACUGCUAGUGUGUUGCUUGCUGGAAGGACAUGGAUUCCUUACUCUGGCGUGCCAAAUGCUCUUAGCCUCAUGAGGUGA